UCCUUUGUGUGUCUCUCUCUCCUCCCUUCUCUCACUCUGCCUGUGUGUGUUCAUUGUAUGUGUUUGUGUGUGUGAUGUAUCAUUGUGGCACGAUGAGAUGAUAGCGAGCCGGUGUGUCUGUGUGUGUGUUGUGUUGUGUUGUGGGUCUGUAUGGGUGUCACACGCCGGCGGCGGAUAUGGGACACGUCCUCUCAUUCACACAUUGCAAGGAUGCCCCGUCAACAGCAUCGAGCACCCCAGACUCGUGCCCGCCAGAUGUUGAACUUGAUGACGAACCCACGGUGACCCAGGUUGACCUCUGGCCCGCACCUUCACCCAAUGAGCAAACAUUUUCUUACAUCACUAUCGGAAGCACUGUCCCUUUGCCCCGUCCCCAAACCAGAGCACGAAGGGGACGGGGUUCAAGUCUGAGCAAGGAACAAACCCCCAGAACAGAAACGCCAGAAGAGGAGGUGGUGUCCUUUGUCUUGUUAGAGAAACUUUGUCAACUUCCCCAACUCCCACAAGCUCCACCCCCGAGGAUCCAAGAGGAGGUAGAGUUUGUGGCGAAGCCUCACCUCCCAGAUAUAGACUGGAGGAUAGUUAAAGACCUCCUGUAUUGGAGAGACACCUUCCUCUCUGCUGCCUGUCUCACCGGGUUAACCCUCUCCCUGCUGUGCCUCAUCCAAUUCAGUGUGAUCAGUGUGGUUUCAUACGGGUGUCUCAUUUUCCUGAGUGCCACCCUCACGUUACGGAUAUACAAUAAGUUCCUACACAAGCUUAGGAGAGGAAAUGGAGCCAACCCCUUCCAGUAUUAUCUGGACAUUGACCUCAUGCUCCCGGCACCGCAGUUGCAGGCCCUCGCUGCUCGUGUUAUUAAUCACUGCUGUUGCACACUUAGCACACUCCGCAACCUCUUCCUGGUGAAGGACCUAAAGGAGUCACUGAAGUUUUUACUCCUACUCUACCUCCUCACAUAUGUCGGAGCUGUGUUCAAUGGACUUACUCUUCUACUCCUGGUUGUCAUCGGAGCAUUCACUUUUCCAAUCUUGUACAGACAGAACAAGACACGGGUCGAUCAUUAUAUCUCACUCAUUACAAACAGGUUGAAAUCUUUCAGGGCCAAUGUUCAGGUUCCACAGAAAAAAACAGGAGUCAAACAAAAUUAAAGAUCACCAAUCGACUGCUCUCUUCAUUGGUAUCGUUUCCAGUCUUUCAAUUCAGCACGAAUAAGGACAGCCAACUACCACUCCCAUCACUCCUCCCGUCAUUCAUACCAUAUUCAAAGGUGGAAUCCCUCUCUGUUUCUAUGGUGAAAUGGAUUGCCUUGUCCAGGGAUUAAUAUAUGAGAAAGGUUACAAUGAGAAUUCACAUAUUAUUUCAUUUAGUUAAUUUUCUGUUUUUUCUGGUAUUAUAAUAAUAAAACUGUUUUCUUAUUUCAAA